UUUACGAAUUCAUAAAAUUUAUAUGUGCUUACAAAAAAAUUUACAAAAUUUAGAAAAAAAAAUUGAAAAUAAAAAAAUAAUUUACAAACAAAAUUAAAAGUAUUACAAGUUUUCUGGAAUGGAAAAUAAAUUAGCUAGAUAUCCAAAUUAUGCAAAUAAUUUAACACCAGCUGAAAUUGUUUAUAGAAGAAAUUCAGCAUCAUCAGAUCAUCGUAGAUUAAGCAGAAAUCUUCAAGAGAUAACCUCACAAUUGCCAAGAGAAAAGCCAAUAAUUAAAUUAGAAGGUUUUAUAUUUUACCAAUGCAUACUUAUUAUUUUUUACAUACUUAUACAUACAUACAUAGUUUCUAGAUUUCUUCCAGUGCUGGGGCAAUUACCAUCGGUAGUUAAAUGCUGCAACUGUAAUCAAACAAGAUAUACUAAAAUUGUAUAUGAAAUUGGAGCUAAGACACAUAUUGCAGCCUUGUUUUUUACUUUAAUUGGGAUGUGCUGCAUUCCGUAUUGUUGCCAACGUUUCAAAUAUUGUAGUCAUUUUUGUAAUAAUUGUAAUCAAUAUUUAGGUACUAGUCAAGUAUAAUAAUUUUAUAACACUUUUAAUUUUUAAUCAAUUAAAAUAUGAAAUAAAACAGAAAUUAAGUUAAAAAGCAAAUCAACACUUUAAUGUUUAUUAGAGACUGCGUAAAAAUGAAAUGAAAAAAAUUUAUAUGACACGAAUUUUUUUUAUUAAAUUGAUUAACUGUACUUAAACUUCAUUUUAGUAAAAUGAACCGGACAUUUUCCUAUGUGCUCAUUGUUUUUGCACCACAUUGGAAAAGUAUAUAAGCAUGCGUUCGGCUAAACGCAACUGACGUCAACAUUAGUUACCCCCAGCGUUUACGUUUUAACGCUUAAUGUUUAGUUUUUUUUUAAUUCGUUUAAUUUUUUUGAAAUUCUAAUUUUUGAAUUAUAAAAAAAUGGAAGCAAAGAGUCAAAGUAAAUUGCAAGUACUUGUAAACAAACAAGGUUAUUUAAUAUAACCC